AUGGCUAACCAUGGAGGGGCGACAUCUUUGCCGCGCGCUCAUCGCCCCAGGGCGCCCAUCAUGAGCGCUGCCCCGCCCCAGACCGCCCCAUUAGCCCCACUCCGAUCGCCCACGACGACAACAACAGCGACCACGCCUCUUCCCACCGUCUCUCUCACGCUGCCCCGCCCACACAACGAGCGCGCAGCCAAUGAGUACGUGGAAGCCCCCUUCCGGGCGGCCCGGCCGUUGGCCCCGCCCACUCGCCCCGCCCGCCUGGCCCUCCCCGCCCCCGUCAGCAAGCAACCCGCCGGAGGGGGCGUGGCCAGCUUCAGCAAGGACCCGCCUCCCGAGUGCGCGGCCACUCGCUCCAUCAUGUGUCCGCGCUGCGGCCGCUGCCGAUGCGACAGCUGCCAACAGCCGAGGCCGCUGCCCCACAAGUGGGUGUUCGGCAAUUCGUGUCUGGUGUCGGCGGACAGUCUCAUCGACUACGUGUCCUGUCUGUGCUGUGUCAAGGGCAUGUACUAUCACUGCGGCGACGCGGAGGGCGGGGAGAGCUGCGCGGACGACCCCUGCGCCUGCGCACCGCAUCGGCGGGCGGCCCGCUGGGGCUGUCUGGCCGCCCUGUCGUGCGUGCUGCCCUGUCUGUGGUUGUAUUGGCCGUUGCGCGGCUGCAAGCGAGUGGCGGAGGAGUGCUAUGCGCGGCAUUCGCGGACGGGAUGCAGGUGCGGGCCCGCCCAGCCCGCCCAUGUGGCGCUUGCUGCUACGACUCCCGAGAAGAGACUGCUCGACUCGAGCCCCGAGUUUUAG